AUGGCUAAGAGUUCAUUCAAGAUGGAACAUCCCCUUGAGAGGAGGCAGGCUGAAGCAGCUCGCAUAAGAGAAAAGUAUCCUGAUAGAAUUCCAGUAAUUGUUGAAAGGGCUGAGAAGAGUGAUGUUCCAGAUAUUGAUAAGAAAAAGUAUCUGGUUCCCGCUGAUCUAACUGUAGGCCAGUUUGUGUAUGUGGUGCGAAAAAGAAUCAAACUGAGUCCUGAGAAGGCCAUCUUCAUUUUUGUGAAGAACAUUUUACCACCAACAGCUGCUAUGAUGUCUGCAAUCUAUGAGGAAAACAAGGAUGAAGAUGGAUUCCUUUAUAUGACUUACAGCGGAGAGAACACUUUUGGGAUGUAA